AUGCUGCUGCGGCGGAAAAGUGUUGUUCCAAAGCUUGGAGAUGGAUUCCUGGCAUGGACUGGCAUUAUUAUGGACUCUGCUGCUGUGUCCUUCAUCAUUGCAACCUCCAGUGAUCCAACAGCUGCAUCUAUUUCGGACAGAGAUUGUGAUACGAGAGAGGGAGAGACUGUAGCCAUGAACUAUAAGCCGUCCCCACUUCAAGUGAAAUUAGAGAAGCAGAGGGAGCUGGCUCGGAAGGGCUCCCUGAAGAACGGCAACAUGGGAAGCCCAGUUAAUCAGCAGCCCAAGAAGAACAACGUGAUGGCACGAACAAGGCUCGUCGUUCCCAAUAAGGGCUAUUCGUCGUUAGACCAGAGUCCAGAUGAAAAGCCACUGGUAGCCCUGGAUACGGACAGUGAUGAUGACUUUGACAUGUCCAGAUAUUCCUCCUCCGGAUACUCAUCAGCUGAGCAGAUCAACCAAGACUUGAACAUCCAGCUGCUAAAGGAUGGGUACCGGUUAGAUGAGAUCCCAGAUGACGAGGACCUCGACCUAAUCCCCCCUAAAUCGGUCAACCCUACCUGCAUGUGUUGCCAAGCCACCUCCUCCACCGCCUGUCACAUCCAGUAGUGAGGCCGGCAGGCUGUGAUCAGUGCUUUCCACUAUAACUGUAAAACUUAACAGCCAUUGCUUCCUCCUAUGGUAGGACGUGCACCUCUUUGUGUUCAUGGAGCCAGGAGAAACCAAAAAAUUCAUUUUAUGAUUGGUUGAUAAGUUAUUUUGAACUAUGGUUAAACAAAAUAGAAAUUGCUCAAAGUGCCAGGCAGUGCCUGGCAGAACUGACUGGUCUGGAGAGUGAAUGCAGGGGGGUCCAGAGAUACCUCCUUGGUUUGUGUAGGCACUGGGGAUGUUUUGUAAGGUGUCUUCCAGAAUGGGAAGGGUCAGAGCGGGCUGAAGGCAAUCCUGCCCACCAAAACCAGUCCAUCUGGGAGAUCAGGGGUGAGUCUGAGGUGUCAGGGGGUUUUACCAGUGAGAGGAGGUCAGUUCUUAAUUCAUUCACUAAAGCUGUUUUGCAUAACCAAAAUGAUACUGUAACUGGGGCACAGGAAUGGGAACGGAGCAGGGCAUCCUUUCUUAUGGCAAGGCUAGCCAGGACUAGCAUGACACAAUUCAUUCACUUGUGAAGAGGACAAAUAGGUGACAUUUCACUGUGAGUCAGUACUAGCUAGAGCUGUCGUGUCACAUAUCCAGUGCCAUCCACCCUUAGUUCCACAUCAAAUUAUCACCAAACACAUCAGAGUCAAUCUGCAGGCCAGCCAUGCUCUUCAGGGAUUCAGUCCUUGCCCAAGAAUACCAUACUCCUGAGUUCAGUCCAGUCACAUAUACUGACUUCAGCCUAUACUUAAUUCCCAUGAGACCCAUCUGCUUCCAAAAUUCUUAACUUUGUUUAACUAAGAAAAAAUUAGUCCUACAUGAGACAGGACUAGAGCUGUACAGUCUGAAGGUCAGUGCUGGAAAAGCUAGUUGAAGGAAGCAUGUUUUUACAGUGCUCCGCUGUUGAUGUUCUCUUGACACUGUGUCUCUUGGUGCCUGUGGGAGAGAUUUGUUAACGCUGAAGGCUUCUUGUGUGGUGGCGUCAGACUUUAGGGGAGUUUUCACCAACAGCAGGAUUAUGAACAGCUUCAGCUGAAAAAAAAACAUGAGAGGAAACUACUCUUUAUCCCAUCCCUGUCCACUUGUGAAACAGGCUUGGUCUGUGUUAGAGCUGUCCCAUGUCAAGAGCAAUUGUGUUUAUUUGGUGCUGGAAUAGUCAGGAAACCUGAUGUUACAUUAGGUCACUAGACUGAAUUGCCAGUUCACCAGCAGAUCGUUUUGAAUACAAAAUCAUUUCUGGAAUUAGGAAACGUGUCCUCUCCCUGGCCUGUCUUACACUGCUGGCUUCAGCAUAUCUGGGGCUUAGGUGAGAGAUGGGCUGGCAUUUUUCUUGGUGUUGAAAUCUUUUGCCACAGGCACAACAGUGUGUUUUCCUGCCCUGCCAGGAGGAAACGACCACCUGCCUUAGGUCAUCACUUGCUUUAUAGCCUGGGGAAGAGAAAAAGAGAGGGCAGUUCUGAGCUUCCCAUCAGAAUUCCUGAGGCACAAGGCAGAGCCUGAGCUCCAUGCUGACAGACAGAUCCCCCAUGUGAAAUCUGCAUGAAGUAAGCUGAGUCUUUAAGAAGUCCUCUUCAUGAUUAGGAGGAGAUUUAUUUAACAUCCUGGGGUUUCACUCUGUGCAGUGCAAAGCACAAUACCAUCUACAACGUGAGCAAAAGAGCAGGCACACAAGAUUCAUGGGCUUUAUUAUGCACUUGCUGGUAUUGACAACUGUUAAAGCUAUGUUUGCCCCCUGCCCCGCCGCCCCUAAAACAGUGUGCUGCCACCUUGGCUCCAGGCCGUAGAAAGAGGACUGAGUGGUGCUGUUUGCUGAGCAUCCUUGCCUCCUCAUGCAGAAGUGCUGGUUAACUUGCCAGCUCCUCUAGGAGGAGUGUUCCUCAAGUGGAUUCCUCUCCCUUUCUCACCACCUGAUCAUGCUGAGGGGGAAUAUUUCCAAAAUAUUUCUAAAGAAGCACAAAGCAUCAGUUCUCCAAUUCUACACUUCUUCAUUUGUGUGCCUGCUUUCCUCUCCAUUGCUAGCUCAGGUUGAGGUUAGCAAGUUGUCUGGAGGUUAGGGAAGAGCUCUAACAACACUGUGUAGAGAAAAAAGAUAAAAGGGAAAAAACAUUCCUUAAGGAGUCUUUUUUUUAAAUGGGGAAUAUAGUCAAAACCUAACAGAAACACCAUGGUCAAACCAAAUCCUAUAGGACAUGAGUGCGUCUCUUUAAAUCUUCACUAUUCUAAAGAGGGACUUUGCAGUUCAGCAUUGGUACCAUGCAACGCCUUCAUCACAUUUAUCCUCCUGGGUCAGCCUCUGUGCCUUCCAGCUGGGCUGGACAAGUUCAGCCUUUCCCACAGCCCUUGCUCAGGAGCUCAGAGCAUCUCAGUGUGCCUGCUAGAGCAACAAGUCAUCUGUUUACGUGGGUCAGCUGUGAAGGACUGCAGGUCCCACAGGUCUCUGUCAUGCUGCCAUCAUGUUUGGUCUAGGACAGAAUGAGGCUUGCUGACACUGUAUCUCCCAGGGUUAAUGCCUCCCCUCUGAAGGACAGACCUUCCCUGAUAACCACUGCCCCAUGGCACCACAACCAAGUCCUUUUAUUGCCCCUAUUGCUGGGUUUUGCAUGCCAUGUGCCCAGAGGCAUUCUUCAACCCUGCAACUGCCCUCAGCCCUUUGCAUUGUGUGGUGUGCAUCUGCUUCUAGCAUAACCCUUGAGGGAGGGAGAGAGAUUAAUUUAAAUGUUACACCCAGUGCUUCCUCCAAAUAUAGACCGAAGCACAAGCCAAGUGUUUUUCCCUGUGCACGGAAGGAGUUUGUUGCACAAAUAGCUGGUUUGGCAUGACAGUACAGGACCAUAAAAUGGCAAUUUUUUGGCUUCUCCUCUCUAUGCUUUGUGUUCAUAUAUUUUGUUAGGGGAAUAAAGUAGAAAGGGUGGGGAAAAGUAGUUAUCUGUGUAGGGUCAUUAUCAGGAAGGCUGAAUGGAUUAAGGCAAUGCACAUGUGGCUAUCAUGGAAAUUGAACACUAACCCUUCUGAACUGCAGCCCCUUAAGCAGGUUAUGACUAUGUGGCAGGCUUGUUGGCUUGUUAUGGAAUAUGGUGGACAGCCCAUCAGUAUGUAUAAACCACAGAUUGGGCUGGCCCCCCCUGUCUGGUCUCGUGUUCAGACCUUUGCUUCAGCCAGAAGGUUUUCUUUGUGCCCUUGUUGGAUGUUAACACUGUGGCGACUUCCUGGGAAGGUGUAUAGAUACACGGCUGUUACGGCACUGCUCUCCUUAGACCAGUCUCUGCCUCCAUGGCCGGGAGAAGGCAAAAGCAAAGAGCAUGGAUCCUGACCCUCUGUUGCAGCAUUAUAAAGCCCUAAAAUCUGCAGAGCUGCUGGGCACUCUCCUAAAUGCAGACUGCAUGCAAGAAAGCAAAUCGUUCCUUGUUCCAGUCUUUGCACCAAACCAGAUGGUCUUCUCAGGCCCCAUUUCAGCCCAAAGUUUUACAGAAUAGCAAGGGGAGGAGCACCAUGGAGUAUGAAAGGCUGCAUCGCUGUCCAUCUAAAUUACCAUGCAAAUAGGACUUAAGGAUAUUGAUGCUGGUGCCUCCACAAAGGAAUUUGCAUUUGAUGCCUCCUAAAGCCAGGCAGGCUUUUUGUAAGAAUUUUAUGUAAUUUCAGUCACCAAAUUACCUGAGUUUAAGGAAGUCCUUUCCUUUUAUCAGGUGUUAACUUUGUCCUUUAAUGUGAGCUGGCUUUGAACUCCAGGGUCUCAGCACUCAACUCUGUCCCUCCGGUCUGCAAACUCUCCAUUUCCAGAUGUCUGUGUGAGGACGAACAUCCUCCUAGUGUUGAGGAAGGUCUUUAGAUAGCAUGGUCUAGUCUGUUUUUCUGGUGGUUGUAAAUAAGCUUUGGCCAAAAGGAGGCUGAUGUCCAGGCAAUGAUCCCGAAGGCUCAUUUGAUGUCUUAUCAGAUAUAUCUUGAAGCCAACCUUGGAAGAGCCACUGGAUCAUAUCUGAUGUUGCUGUGUGUCUAGCCCCAACAUGUACUCUUGGCCAUUGGGUGUGUUACGCUGUUCUGGCUGUCUUGCCUGCAGAUACCUUGCAACUGCAAAAGCAGGCAACCAAGCCUGCUCCAUGGACUUUGAAAGGGACUUCAGGAUGCUCCCCCAUAGACAGGAUGGACCCAGCUGCUUCUGGUUUGUCUCUCUAGCUCCUUUCCCAAAAGGAGGCACCUGCUCUGCUCAGCUGUGUGCUGGCUGACACAUUGGUCUGCGAUCCCGAGCAGAAUCCUUUCCUCUCUGUGCAGUCUGUCCUCAGGCUGGCCUGCAAGCUGUACAGCGGCAUGCAGGAGACUUGAAAAGUACAGUGCCCUGUAUGUGACUCAACAGAAACAUGAAGAUGCUUUUGAAGAAAGGAAGGACCCAGCUGGGCACCAGAUGGAAUGACAGGAAAAGGAAAACAAGCAGUAACUAGAAAGGUUGCCAAGUGCUGUUUUGGCCUAGGGCAGAUCCCAGUUGUCUGAGUUAAUCCAUCUCAGUGCAGUGCUGAUACCAGCAGGGAGCAAAGCUUGCUUUCAGAUGCACAUACCAGAAACACCAUGUCCCUGAGCUGGCAUCACAGCCAAAUACUACUGCGGAGAGUCUGCUGGGCUGUUAGAGCACAGAAAUGAGAUCUGGGGUCCCUUGCUACCAUUGGCACAUGGUACAUAUUUGCUCUAACCUCAGGCAAGUCACAUCCCCUCUUGAUGCCCAUUCCCUUCUGCAGCACAGGGGAGGAACCUGCCUUCCCAAGAUGCUACCACCACCCUACAUGGAUUUUGCCAAGUGUGUGACAGGCACCAUUGAUAGGAUAGCUCUGCAAGCAAGACACAAAAAACAUGCCAUAGAAAUUUUAUGCAUAUUUUCAAAGUACUACUCUGCUUUCCCUCUGUUAACCAGGUUCUGAUGUUGCUUGCAUGUGCCAUAAGGCUGCAGGGUAGAAGUUAGUAGAGAGAUUAAAAAGCUUUUGGGGAAGAUGUUUGGCAAGGAUGUCUUUCCCAGUUAUUUGGCAGCUGGUUCUUGUACAAUUGGCUUCUCAAUCUGCAUGCUGCCACAGGGAACAUGUAAGAAGAUUUGGUGGCCUAACAGCACCAUCCCCUGCUAGUAGAAUUAAGGAACUUCCUUAAUUGUGCAACUGGGAUAGCGAGUGCUGAUGGGAGGGAAGAGACCACUGAAGGGUUCAUUUGUGAUAUUCCCAUGGCAGUUUCAUGCUCUUUCUUUUAGCAUCCAUGUAAUCAUCUGAGGGUAUAAACUGGCAGUUUUGCCUGGUCUCUUCCUUUACUUUUCCAUUCUCCAUUCACGCUCACAUGGGGUAUGGCCACUCUUACCUAGAAUGAAGUAGGCUUUGUCACCUGGCUGCUGCUUGGCUCAACAAGCACAGGCUGUGUGUUCGAAAGAAAUAUCUGCAUAGCUGGGCAGUGCCACAGGGCAAGCUGGGCUAGGUUGAGCCUAAGGGGAAGGCAUGGGAAGGUCUUCAUUUUGAGGUGCUUCUCACCUCUAGGAGAACAUUGCAUCCUUGUCACUUCCUUUCAAGGCCUUCCAGCGAGAGGAAUUGCUCCACACCUUGAACCACAUCUCAUCAGCCAAACCCACCUUUGUUACAGAGCCACACAAGCCCUGAAGCAGAAGGGCCAUUAAUUUAGCAUAGAGGAAGCGGUUGUGACCUGGGAUUACCUACAGAAGAUUAAUGCAGGUUUCUCACAGGGGCUGGCAUCUGUAUUUUAACUCCCUGUAUUAUGCAGCUGAUCUGCUGCAUUGCUACCAAAAAAUUACUACAUCCCCUUCUUUACCCCCCUUGACACUGGUGGCAAUCCCAGGAUCACAGCAGCUAAAUGCUACCUGGCUAAGCACUGCUUUGACAGCUUGCUGGGGAGGCAAGGCUGGGGACUAAUUGAGAUUACAUGGAGCGAGCAGUAUGGCCCAUGCAGCUGUGCAGCAAGCAAGCCAUGUCACAGAGCAGCACAGACACUGGCAGGACAGGUUGCAGAUUUCCCUGGUGCCUGUGGAGAGCAGCUCUUCCUAUUGCUUCCCAGACCCAUCUACUGCUGGUGGUGGCUCUGAGCGUUUCUCUUUCUCUAAAAAGCUGCCCCAGCAAAAGAUGCAUUUGCUCCUAGGAGCCCACCUCAGUGGUUGUGCCUGGUCUGUGGAGCCAUUUCCAUAGUAACAAAUGGUGACAUCAGGGAG